AUGAGUGUCCCAAGUUCAAGAGAGGCGAACAUUCCAGAGCUGCAGGCUAGGAUCGCCCUUCUUCAAUUGUGCAACAAGACGCCAUCACCUCCGACUGAGCAUCUUCCGCAUGACAUAGCCAUCAAUUCGAGCUCUCGUAUCUUGCCAUUUAUCAAGGAGAAAGAGCUGGUGAAAACAUUAGCCUUUCUAGCCAGUACUACUGAUGACCCGGGGAGAGUGGUUGCAGUAUGUGUUGAAGAGGGAAGAGAUGGCCGAUCGAUGACCAUCAAACUGGCUAUUAAUAACGGAGGGCUGGUUGAUGUGGUCAAAGGGUUCAAGAAAAUGGGUGAGAUAUUGCAGAGAAUCGCGCAGAAAGACGACAUCGCAGACAUUAGCGAAAGCAAUCUUCUUAGAGAAGCCGUCAGACUCAACCAGUGUAGAGUUUUGUGUCGCUUGAAGUCAAAACAUGCAGUGCUCAAAUGCAGGAACGGUAAGGCAAAGAUGGAAAAACCGAAGGUCAUCCCGACACUUGCUCAAGCAAUCGCUGCAUUUGGUUCCAGCACCAUUGGUGAGCUUCCCUCAGAAGAAGGUCAACAACUCAAGGAGAAUGUUGGCGAAAUGAAGAGACUUUUCGAGAGGCUUGAAAUCCUCACCAAGGCAGACGCAACAUCCGAACAAGGCAUGCGUAUACUUAGCGACAUUAUUCUGGCCGCGCAUCGUUUAUAUAGGUCAAAUGCACUUCAUCCACUUUUAAAUCUCUGUAGAUUUGAAGAUGAGCAGAAGUCUGCUAUCCGUCGAACCAUCGACAAGCUCAGUCGAUACAGCACGGCAUCGGCAUUUCUGUUUGAAGCUGCAUCUCGCUUCUACAUCUUCAGAAAUAUCACGGUUCAGGUGGUCAAACUGCCUCCAAAGCCAAUGCUUCGCGUCGACGAGCCAGCCCUGUAUGUCAAUGGCGUUGUCAGCGGUCUUUUCUCCCAGCAACAAGCCCAGCAUGCUAUUUCGAGAUUUCGAGACCGCCUCAAGAAGAAAAAGGUCAAUCAUAACAAAUUUUGCGAGUUGGUUUUCUCAACAAAGUAUGUCGUCCAUGCUGAAAUGCAGCUCUUAUUUCACUACGAGCUCCACGCCUGCACAUUUCCACCCAGGGUGAUCUGUUCUGGCAAGAUGGCCUGUUUUCUGUGUAGCCUCUUUCUCAAGCAGCAUGGGAAAUUCUACAUUCCUAGCACGCAUGGAAGAGUAUAUGAGAAGUGGAUACUCCCGAAGUGCCUAGGGGAUCUUCAGGGUGCCAUUGCCGAUCAAAUGCUGCCGAUUGUUUCGAAAUUUAACGCUGCACUCGAAGAGGUACUCAAGAGAGAGAUAUUGACGCCUUCCAAGACUAUUCCGCAACCCAAUGAGAGUCAUAUUUUCUAG